UUAUUAGUCUCACACUCACUCGCUCCGUCACUCCUGCACCACAGACGAGCCGCGUGACCCUCGCCAUGAUCGCUCGCCUCCUCCUGGUCCUCGCGCUCAUCGCCAGCCUGGCUUCCGCCGCCCCUGAGCCGUCCCGGGGGCAGUGUACGUGUUUUCGAACCAGGAGCAGACUCGGGCCGACCUGGGCCAUCCAGGACAUGCAAAUCUACCCUCCGUCCAAAUUCUGCAAAAACAUUGAGAUUGUCGUUCACCUCCAGAACGGGGUGCAGUACUGCCUGGACCCCAAAGCGAAGAAGGUCCAGGAGAUCGUUCAGAAACUGCAGAACAGGAAUUCUGCUCCCACCGAGGACUCUGCUGACCUCUGGGCUACUGAGAUUCUGGGAUUCACGGGGCGACAUGGCUCAGGCAGUGAGAACAGUCUCGUCGGGCUGUGUCGAAGUGUCCCUGAGCAAGACACCUAACCCCCAAAUGCUCCUGACGAGCCGGUCGGCGCCUUGCAUGGCAGGCAAUCGCCGUCGGUGUGUGAAUGUGUGUAUGGAGAAGCAUCAAUUGUACAGCGCUUUGGACAAAGGCGCUAUAUAAAUGCCAACCGUUUACCAUUUACCAUUCUACUCCCACCGUUUCUCCCAAGGACGGCUCUACUGACCUCUGGGCUCCCGUCUGAUGUCAUCAUCACUGACCAAUCAGAACUGCUUCCUGAAUAACUUUUGCCGUAUUCCAUAUCCAUGGCUGAAACCUUUGCAAAAACAGAGCUAUAUUUCUGACUUAUCGCAGAGCACUUUUAUUUUGUGUGUGUGUAUAUAUGAUAAAGUCAUUAGCAUACUUAUGCUAUUGUUGUUGCGUUUUAUGCUUCUAUCCUGUAAGCGAUGUGUAAUCUUUGAUUCAAUUUUAAAUACAUUUUUAAAAAGUUUUGAAAUAAAACUUGUGAAACGUACAUAA